UGUGUGUCAGAUCGUCUGUGUUGUUUAGUCCCCAGCUUUCCGGCGUUAUUUCCUCGUGUUUUGUUCCCCGUGUUCGAUUUAGAGCUCUGAUUCCUCUUUACCCUUUUUUUGCCUGGCGAUUUUGUACCUCUGCCUGUUUUUGACUGACCCUAGUGUACCGACCUUUUUCUGUAAAAAAACGUUAAUCGCCACCAGCCUGUUUCAGCUCUGCUUUGUGGGUCCAUUGUCUGUUUGCUCAGUUCGUGACAAAUCCAGUAUGGGCUCUUUGCUGCAUGUAGUCCUCUCUGUUCGGCCGUUUUUAUAGAAUUCCAAAGAUCACAUGUAACGAUGUCCUCUGCUUGAGUAGUAGAUAAUCCCAUAUCACUUUUAAAUGAGUGCAGGAAAUCUAUAUAAUCCAGCAUCUCUUCCAUGUGUCAUCUAGUCAACCAGGCUGGCACAUCGAGGGCAAAGUGGGCUGAGGUGCAGUAUGAACUUGACUGGACGUCUGGAUAGCUUCAGUGGUACUUUCACAAAAAACUUCAUCACCUUUGCCCUCGGCCUCAUCAUCAACUGCAUCAAUGGCUUCUUCGUACACAUCUACUUCAAGAGCCAGGUCUUCCAGCGAGACCCCAGGUAUGUGCUGUACAUCCAUCUGGUGAUCAACGACAUUAUCAUGCUCACAGCUUGUGUGAUGCUGCACAUCUUGACCUACAGUGUUCCCCUGGGCUUUGGUACUUGCCACGUCUUGUUGCUCAUAGGGAUCAUCACAAACAAGAACAGCCCUCUGAAUCUGGCUGGCAUGGCAAUCGAACGGUACAUCUCUGUCUGCCGACCUCUUCACCACACCCAGAUCUGUACGGUGCGGCGAACCUACGCUCUGAUUGGACUGAUAUGGGCCAUCUCCUCAAUCAGUGCCCUAACAGACGUCUUCAUCGUGCUUGUGAAACGGCCCAUGCUUGUCUUCUCGAAGGGAGUCAUUUGUCACAGCACUAGUUUGUACAACACCCCUGAAAACAAGGCUCACAGGGUGGUUGUCCAGGUUGUUACCUUGUCCUUUGUGUUCCUGACUGUGAUCAUCACCUACCUGAAGGUCUUCUUUGCUGCCAGGGUGGCUUCCACUGCCACUAAGGACUCAGCCAGAAAGGUCCGCAGCACCAUCCUGCUCCACGGAGUCCAACUCCUAAUCUGCAUGUUGUCCUACGUCGCACCGUUCUUCAACCUUUUGGCCAUACAUCUGCCUGCCAGCCGCAACAACAUCUACUUCUCCUCCUUCUUGGUCACCAACGUGCUUCCACGUCUCCUCAGUCCACUCAUCUAUGGUGUCAGAGACCAGAGGUUUAGCAGCCACAUCAAGCUGUACUUCUCCUGUAAGUGUUGUAAAGCUAAAAAGGUGAAACAGGUGCCACAAGUUCACACGAGGUUCAAGUAGAGCAUGUCAGUGUGGCCUGACAAACCUGCUGCUCUGAUACCUGGAACUUUUUUCUUUCUUUCUUUCUUUCUUUCUUUCUUUCUUUUUCUUUCUUUUUUUUAAGUCACAAUCCCUGAUUUACGGGAUUAUGUAAUUACAGAUUGUUCCAAGGUUUAUGUCCACAUGGAAAAAACAAGCUUUUUCAAAAGAUGGAAAGAUAUUGAGUUAAAAAAACAUAUCUACUACUUUAUCUUUUUUAACUAUGUACAACCUUAGAAUAGUGUAUAUGUAAACUUGUGUUAUUCUGUCAGUUUAUGAAAAGCUGCAUCAAACAAUGUGAGGGAAAACUGCUUUCAACUCAAUAAAUCAAAAUGUAAGCAAAGU